AUGCCCUGCAGCUUCCCCCCCGGAGACAACGUCGCCAUCUACUGGAUUAAGGUCUCAAAUGGAGAGCCUCGGGUCCAUUUUUAUUACCAGAACCGGGACCAGCUGGGGAACCAGGACCCGGCCUUCAGGGGCCGGACCUCCCUGUUCGGGGGGCAGAUCCCCGGGGGGAACGCCUCCCUGCUGCUGGGGGGGGUCCGGGUCCAGGACGGGGGCCGGUACAGAUGCCACUGCAGCACGGCCGGAGGAACCACCACCAGGACCCUCAGCGUCAGAGUGCACGCUCCAGUGAAAGCGGUCCGCGUCCACCGGGAGGGAAACAGCCUCACCUGCAGCUCCAGCUGGAUCUACCCUGAACCUGAGCUCUUCUGGGCCAGCAGCCCUCCCCUCCAGACCCCAUCCAACAGCCCCCCCCUCCAGACCCCAUCCAACAGCAGCCUCCAGAAGCAAACCAGAGUCCAGCGGACGCAGCAGCAGCUGUACAACAUCAGCAGCUCUCUGCUGCUGCCGGAGGGAGAAGCUGACGGGAGCUACAGCUGCACCGUCAGCACCGCCUCCAGCAGCCGCACGGCCACUCUGAGGAGCCUCAGUGGUCACAUGACCAUCCCGAGUCCAGCUCCAGAACCCCAUCAGAACCAGAAUCAGAACCAGAACCAGAACCAGAACCAGAACCAGAACCAGAACCAGGGGCCCGGCUGGGGGACAGGAAAGAGGGUCGGACCAGCACUGGGAACCCGGAACCAGAGAAACCAGCUGAGAGACACAAACAGAACAAAGUGA